GUGCAAUGAGUGAGCCUCACCCUGGGAAAACCACCUUCAUGAUCAUGGUAUCUCCCCUGCCAGAAUACAAGAAAUGACGAUUCUGAAAAAGAAGCUGAUGACAAGAAUAAGGGAUAGGAAGAUGACCUGUUUGCUUGAAGAGCGAGGACUCUCGCCCUAUUUCCUGCACAGGUGUACCCAACAUGGUUCUCACUGGAAUUACAGCAAAUUGGAAGACAGUGGUGGUGACACAGGGUGAAGAGCUACUUUUCAAAGGGUGAGACACAAGAAUGGCUUUUAGGAAUUUUCCCCCAAAGUAAUCUGUGACUGGAUCCUGUUGCCGAAACUUGGCCUCUGUUCACCGGUGCCGAAGAGAAAUGCGGAGACAGAGUUUUGGGUGAAGCAGAAAAGAGUAGCUUUUAUUGCUUUGCCAGGCAGAGGGGGCCACAGCGGGCUAAUGCCCUCAAGACUGUGUGACCCACCCUGGAGGGCGUAGUGAGGAGCCUUACAGCGUUGGAGGAGCAGGGCGUGAUCAGCUCGCAGACAGUUCUCGGAUUGGCUGGCAUCAAAGUGAAGUUUCAAGCGUCAUCAACCCUCUGGUUUCAACCAGUCCAGGGUCUAUGUGCUUGUGGGCGGCACUUUCCAUCCGGAGGGGGUCUGCGCCCUGUAAAACCACUUAGGAGUGUGUGUCGGGCCUUCAUCGGUAGCUUCAGUGAACUGGGAGUUCGGUGAUUCUGCCGUGUGGCGGAUUUAUAGUCUACGUUGCUGCCCGUUCCCCAGCCCAACAGCUGUUCUUUGUUUCUACACCUUCACAUUCCCGAAUCACUAACUCUUGAGUCAGCACUUUACUUCAAAAGACAAGGGCACGGGGCCUCGUACACGGUUUCAAUCCUGACCAGCUCUGAGAUUUACACGAUGCAUAUGCUGUUGUUUUCAUAAAUGUUAACGUCCGUAAAAUGAAGUUCUUAGAAGCAUUAUUUGAGUUCUCCAUUGACUACUGAUUACACCAUCAAUGCCUUCCAGCCCUGGCAGCACAGGGAGGAAGGAAGAAUUCCUGGGAUGCUUGCAUCACCACAGGGCAAGAGGUCCUCAAAUUUUACUGCUUUAUCUUUAAGUAAAACUUUAUAGUUCGGCUGACUUUUCAUCCAUUCUUGCUGAUUCUGCCAGUGAGUUCCUCUGUAGUGACGGCCAAAGGCACUCAUGGAAAAUACUUAACCAAGCGUAAAGGCAGAAGUCGAGGUCACUUCAUCUACUACGGAAGUGGGGCAUGUGUCUACCUCAGGCCUGAGUCUUUCGCUGGGUCUUUUGGUAACUGGUGGCGGUGGUGGUGACAAUGUUUGAGUUGUUUUAUUUUUUAUUUUUGUUUUAUCUUUAUUUUAUUUAUUUAUAUUUUUGGCCACGCCGGCGGGGGCCUGCGGGACCUUAGUUCCCCGACCACGGAUCGAACCCCUGCCCCCUGCAGUGGAAGCUCACAGUCUAAGCCCUGGACCGCCGGGGAAGGCCGUGAGUUUUUUGUUCAUGUUGUCGUUCGUUUUAGUUUCUCAACUGUUACUAGGAAAUAAUUGUGGAGCAAGUGCUUGGUUUUAAUUCUGGAAGGCAAAAGAACGUAACUAAGGACUUUUCCCGAGGAACGCUUUGAGAUCUUUAUGUCCAUUUGUGGUGUGACUUACCCACUUUUCAAUUAAGGAUUCUUAAUUAAAGGAAAACAAGCUUAUUCAUAGGUUUGAAUCAGUGUUAUAGAACAAGAGGUUUUCGACUGGGAUCCGCAACCCACCCGCAUCAGAAACGUGUGGUCUGUGUUUACGUGAAAAACUGCAGACUCUAGGGCCUCACACCAACGAAACCUCCGGGGAUUGGAGCCCAGGAAGGAGCUUCUGUAAUCUCCACAGCUGAUUCUGAGGCACUCUAAAUGACAGGUUACACUGACCCAGCCCGGUGAAGAUCUCUGGAGACCAUGACCAAGAAAAGAAUUGCUGUGAUUGGGGGAGGAGUGAGUGGGCUCACGUCUAUCAAGUGCUGCCUGGAAGAAGGCUUGGAGCCUGUCUGCUUUGAAGGGACUGAUGACAUCGGAGGGCUGUGGCGGUUUCAGGAAGAACCUGAAGAAGGGAGGGCCAGUAUUUACAAGUCAGUGGUCAUCAACACUUCUAAGGAGAUGAUGUGCUUCAGUGACUACCCCAUCCCAGAUCACUAUCCUAACUUCAUGCACAACUCCCAGGUCCUGGAGUAUUUCAGGAUGUAUGCCAAAGAAUUUGACCUUCUAAAGUACAUUCGAUUUAAGACCACCGUGUGCAGUGUGAAGAAACAGCCUGAUUUCUCCACUUCAGGCCAAUGGGAGGUGGUCACGGUAUCUGAAGGGAAAAAGGAGGUGAAUGUCUUCGAAGGAGUUAUGGUUUGCACUGGCCAUCACACCAAUGCUCACUUACCCUUGGAAAGCUUCCCUGGAAUUGAGAAGUUCAAAGGACAGUACUUCCAUAGUCGAGAUUAUAAGAAUCCAGAGAGUUUCACUGGAAAGAGAGUCAUUAUAAUUGGCAUUGGGAAUUCUGGAAGCGAUCUGGCUGUGGAAGUUAGCCACACAGCCAAGCAGGUUUUUCUCAGCACCAGAAGAGGGGCUUGGAUCUUCAAUCGUGUCGGAGAUUAUGGAUAUCCUUUUGAUGUGUUGUUGACUUCUCGAUUUCAAUAUUUUAUGAGGAAGAUUUGUGGUCAAUCAUUAGCAAAUAUAUUUUUGGAAAAAAAGAUGAACCAAAGGUUUGAUCAUGAACUGUUUGGCCUGAAGCCUAAACACAGAGUUCUGAGUCAGCAACCAACCAUAAAUGAUGAUCUGCCAAACUGUAUAAUUUCUGGCUUGGUGAAGGUGAAAUCAAACGUGAAGGAAUUCACAGAGACAGCGGCCAUAUUUGAGGAUGGCUCCAGGGAGGAUGACAUUGAUGCUGUUAUCUUUGCUACAGGCUAUAGCUUUGCCUUUCCUUUUGUUGAAGAUUCUGUCAAAGUAGUCAAAAACAAGAUAUCUCUGUAUAAAAAGGUCUUCCCUCCUAACCUAGAAAAGCCAACUCUUGCAAUCAUAGGCUUGAUCCAGCCCUUGGGUGCCAUUAUGCCCAUUUCAGAGCUCCAAGGACGCUGGGUCACUCAAGUAUUUAAAGGGAUAAAGACAUUGCCCUCACAAAAUGAAAUGAUAAAAGAAAUAGCUAAGGUUCGAGAGGAUAUGGCCAAAAGGUACGUGGACAGCCAACGCCAUACCAUUCAGGGAGACUAUAUAGAUACCAUGGACGAGCUUGCUGACCUGGUGGGCGUCAGGCCCAAUCUGCUGUCCCUGGCCUUCACUGACCCCAAAUUGGCAUUACAGUUAUUUUGGGGACCCUGUACUCCAAUCCAGUAUCGGCUACAGGGCCCUGGAAAGUGGGAUGGAGCUCGAAAAGCUAUCCUCACCACAGAAGAUCGUAUCAGGAAGCCGCUAAUGACAAGAGUAACUGAAAGCAACAAUUCCACAACUUCAACAAUAACAAUGGCCAGGUUUAUGCUGGCUGUGGCUUUCUUUGCUAUAAUUAUGACCUAUUUUUAG